AUGGAGACGACACCAACGCGCUCAUACGCGGCGGUUUACACUACCCCUGGCUCACCUCCACAUGCGCCUCCAUGUCUAUCCCUGCGGAUGACGCCCACGCCUGCGCCCGCUCUCGCUCCGGUGAGUUUGCAACCACUGCUCGCAUUUGCGAGCAAGAAGGUUCCGCCCACAGUGGUGAAUCAUCUGCCCAAUUGGACGCACCACUUCCGACAGGUGUGGGAUAAGUUAGGCCAUGUUCGCAACGCACGUCCGUACGGCAAAAGGGUACGCUUCCUGGCGAAAACCGAUGAGGAAUUCAGGCUUUACCAGCGUUACGUCACCUACCUGGAGAAAGACACUGGACUCUUUUGGUUCACGUACACACCCCCGAUGGAACAUUCGCUGAAACUGGCGACCCGCGAAUUACCGGAGGACACCGACAUCGCAAAACUCGAGGAGGAGCUGAAGAACCGAGGCUACGAACAGGAGUAUAUCCGGUCCAUCCAGGCCCGCACAGGCAAGCCUGGCUGCAUCUUCUUCGUGGAGAUCCGACAAACACUGGGGUUCCAAAAGAUCUACGAAACCUCCGAACUCCUAUAUGCAUGCCCGGUUAAAAAGUUAAAGCAUAGAGAAGACCCAAGCGCCACAGCCAUAAAUAAGGAAUCUCCAACGCAGAUACGGAAACUAAUUGAUACUGUACUUAAAAACAUACGCGCGUUAGAUACUCUUGGGGAGCCAACUGAAUACUGGGACACCCUCAUAAAUUUUAUCAUCGUUUCUAAAUUAGAUUCGUCCAUUGAGAAAGAGUGGGAACAGUACAAAAGCGCACAGAGUUCUAGUUCGGAGAAAAGCAAUAAGAAAACGGAAGUAACUAAACGCUUAAUUUUAUCGGUUGUGUCGCAAAUAUACGAUCCACUGGGUCUGCUCAGUCCCAUAGUCAUAGUGGCAAAGACAUUAUUACAAAAACUAUGGUUGUGUAAAAUUGGCUGGGAUGACUUAGUACCUAAUGAUAUAAAAACAUGCUGGGAUAGGUUUGUAAAUUCUUUAUAUAAUCUACAAUCUAUACGUGUACCUCGUCAUGUAAUCGGGACCGACCCAUUUGUUAUAGAAUUGCACAUAUUUACUGACGCGAGUGAGAUGGCAUAUGGCGCGUGUGCCUAUAUUAGAACGAGUAGUAAUGACGGCCGCGUAACUGUACAUCUUUUAUGCUCAAAAUGUCGGGUAGCGCCAAUAAAACCAAUCAGUAUUCCGCGCCUUGAAUUGUGCGGCGCAUUAGUAGGUGCUAAAUUACAAGAUAAAAUAGUCAAAUCACUUCGCGUUACCGAUUAUGAGCCGUUGACGCCAGGUCAUUUUCUCAUUGGCCUUCCACUGACCGCCCCUGCUGAGGAAGACGUCACCAUCAAGCCGCUGCACGCUCUCACCCGCUACAAGCGGAUAGAACAACUUAGAUUGCAUUAUUGGAAGCGGUGGUCAACCGAAUAUAUCUCUGAGCUUCAACGCCGUACCAAAUGGAAAGAGAACAAAGAAGAGUUACAACCUAACACAUUAGUCAUCAUAAAGGACGAUAAUCUCCCACCGCUUAGAUGGCGUUUGGGGCGUGUUUUAAAUCUGUUUCCAGGUAAAGAUGGAAUAGCGAGGGUUGCCACUAUACGUACCGCUACUGGCAUUAUUCAGAGGGCAUUUUCAAAAAUCUGCCCCCUUCCUGUACCGGUUCCUGUGCCUGUGCCUGUGCUGAAGACCUCAACAAGUCCAGGCUCUCCGGGACAAACUCAUUGAGAGCUGGAGCUCUCAAGGCCCGCCGAUAUGUUAGCGCGCCAUCUAUGCGUUAAUUGCGUUACUACAAGGAGUGUGCCAAUAUCCCGUGACAACCAGUAAACCACCUCAACAGACGAUAAUUAAGCAAGAAGUUCUGCUAUGAUGACACAGAUGGCGUUGUUACAACAAUAUAAAAGGCUAUGACGGACCCGCAUCGAACCCACUUCAUA